UUUCGAUUUGCUUUGCAGUUCAUUCGGGCAAGAGACGCAAGAUAACCAAAAAUUGGAUUGGAUUCACAACGAGAGGGGAGCUGGUUACAUUUUCGCUUCAAACACUUGACUCUCGGCGAAUGCAAAAUGAAAUCAAGGAAGAUGAAGAAAAUAGGCAAGCCGAUAAAGAAUAAGCUUGGAAAGAAGCGCAGGGGAAAGGAGACCAUUUCUAAACCUGAAGAGUUGUUGGAGAAUGAGUUUGAAGACUUGCCACAAUCAUGGACUUCAAUCCGAAGAACUUGGUUACCAGAUUAUGAAGAAAUAGACCCGCAUUAUUUUUCCGGUAGUGAAGAAGAGACGGAUAAUGAGCAAAACGAUGAGUCAGAGGACGAUACUGAAGGAAUUAAGAAAGCUAUCAGCGGUACGUAUAGCUAUUGCUUUGGGGAUGAGGACGAAAAUGAUGCCCAAGAUCGAAAGGAGACUCAAGGAGAUAGCAAGAUUUUUGAGUCUUGCAUCAAACGCAAUGCAUUUCAACCUAAACCUCUUCAAAUUGCGAAUGAGAAAGCACGUGAAAUUAUGUGGAAACAAGUCCCCAGGGAGUAUAACCGAACUAAAAAGCAAUUUCGACGUAACCCUACUGGGAGCUACCUUCGAUGCUCGGAAGGAGAAAAUUACUUGUCUGAUGAAUAUUACAAGAGCCACAAGCUGAAUCGAUUCUUGUACUGUCCGAUACCACAUGUCCAUUGCGUCAGUUUCCGGGGAACUCGCAUCAAACAAAAAAUUGCGGAUCGAAUUCGCUUGAAUUGUGAAGCCCCCAGCUUUCGAAGACCACCACAUUGGGAUUUUCGAAAACGAUACCCAUUAUACGGGCGAAUGAGAACUAUUCCAUUAGAAGUGGACUGCAAAAGCUGUGACAGACUUGCUUUUACUCAUGAUCUUCGGCCGGACGCAUAUUACGAAAAUUAUGUUAACAUCAUCAAGUAUAAUGGGGUUAAUCCAGAGACAAGACCAUUCGAAGAAGUUUACAACGAAAUGCUGGUAAAAUGGGAAAAAUGUGGCAAUCGAAAAAGAUCCAAGAAGAAAAAAGUAGAGAAAAAAGACUCUAAUAACAAGCUACCUGAAACUCCACCAAAGAAACGAGAACGAAACAGUCAAGCCUCAUCAUCUCUGUUUACAGACACCAUUUCUUCAUCUAUGAAGAAGAAGGGUCAAUCUGGGCCAAUCCAAAAGGGAAACCCCGAUUCCAGUAUGGGAGACAAGCCGGAAACUCCUGUUUCAUCUCCUCCAAAAACACCUCGACCCAAAACACCAAAAACACCUUCUGAUAAGAACCGUACUCUCUUUCCUCAUGAACUUUCAACCAAGAAGACCGUCCUUACAUCUUCCACUUCUGUUCCGAAUACUUCUCGCGGUCACCAAAAGUCUUCAGCAUCUCAAACCAAUUCAUCGACCCCUGCUCAACGCUCUCUUUCCAUUUCUCGUCUCUCGUACCAGGGAACCAUUGCCUCUGAACGUAAGAAACGAUUGACGAACGCAAAUCUGAUCCAUAAAAAAAUGCGUAAAUAAUUAUAAUGAUCUGGUAAUAAUCUUGCAUUCACUCCACACUUUGAUUAAAUAUGAAUCAUAAUUUAUGAUGCAUGUAUUGCAUCGUCUAAAUUUAACCACAAUCAUUUGAUGUAAAAAAAACUGGAAUGUACUUCUCAAUAAAUUUGUCAUGAUAAACUAAAAAA